CUGGCAGCUACUGCUUACUGGUGACAUAUAGCCUGUAAAUGAUGGACUGCCACUUCUCCAAUUUGACAAUCUGCUCGAGUGCCAGAAUGAGAAAAGCAGUCAGCACCACAAAUGAGCCCCAGCCAUCUAAUUCUCAGGAAACCAUGAGGAAUCUAAAUCUGAGGUUGGCAGAUUUCCUUCAGAAAAUCCAUGACCUACAAGAGAACAAUGAGAGGCUGGAGAGGCAGAUUUUUGAAUGGUUGGAGAAGGCCACAUACCAGAAGCACCAGGACUGGUCCAGGGCAGAAGGACAAAUGGAUGAAAUGAGGACUGAAGUUCACAGAGCAAGGCGAGAGUACACAGUCCUGUGUUUGAAGUGUGAUGAGGCGCAAAUGGAGGCGAUGCAUUUCAAGGCCAGGUAUGCCGUUGAGAUGUCCCGGAAUCAACAGUUACAGGACCGUAUCUCUGCCCUGCGUAAGAUGAAGAAGCAUCUGGAACAACAGAACAAAGUACUGGAAAGGGAAGUGGCUACAAAAAGAACAGAAAUACAAGAUGUGAAGCAGAUUCACAAAGAGACAGUCCAGGCUCUGCAGCACUCAGCUCCCCCUCUGCCUGAUGUCGUAGUGCUGCAGAAGGAUGAUGGCAGCGGAAUGGAACUUUCUCAGCUCCUUGACGAGAUCAGGAUGCACUACGAGAGCCUUAUUACUACCAGCAGCAGUUGCCAUGGAGCAGCAUCUCAAAGCUCAGACAUUACCCAGUUGCUUGAAGCAGAACCCUGUGCAUCACUGAGCAAAGACAAUGAGGCUCUGAAGGCCGCGAGAGCUGAACUGAAGGAGGUACGGCGACAGUGGCAGAGCUUGCAAGUGGAGAUCGAAUCCCUACAUGCAUUGGAAAAGAGCCUGGUGGGAUCUCUCCAAGCCAGUGAAGAACAAUUCAGGGCCCGGCUCCAUGACCUGUCUGCUGUCAUCCAGGGCCUUGAGAUGGAGUUGUUAGAGACAAGGGAGGGGAUUGAAUGCCAACGGCAAAAACACGAGAAUUUGCUUAACACGAAGGUGCGUCUAGAACAGGAGAUUGCCACCUAUCGUAGCCUGCUGGAGCAAGAGGAGAAGAGAAUUCACAGAUUAAGCUCACCAAAACCCCAAGUCACAUCAGACCCCACAGAGUCGAAUUCAGAGCUGACUGCUUCUUGUCGAAAAGGAAGUAAGAAAGGCAAAGUUCUGAUGAGACACAGAAGUCUGGUAUUACCUGGUGGAAGCGAGUGUGAAAAAACUCUGGCCAAGAAGAUUGAGACCGUGGCUAGCCAAGAAAUCUUGCAAGGAAAUGUGGUGCGGGAGAGCGCGGAGGCCCAUGGCACUGUGGAAACAGAGAAGAUUGAUGAGGCUAUCAGGGAGUGGGAAUGCUCUUUCUUCAAGGGAAACCCCCACCUGAAGAAGAAGUCCGUGUCACUGCGCUUUGAUCUUCAUUUGGCAGUGGCCGAUGAAGGCUGUGCUGAAAUGAAACAGGACAGUUUGCCAGAUGUGGAAGUGCGAUUGGUGAUGAAGAGGUCUCGGAGCAUCUCAAACAUCACUCCUCAGUCACAACUGGGAUUUUAAACACAAGAGCGUUGUGGCUGUUCCACCAUCCAACUGGGAUAUAUGCAGUUUCACCACCUUCUCCUAGCUACCCUGCUUUGAAAAUAAGGAUUGUACUCAUCAUUCUCUAUCCUCAGUGUAAGAAAAGAGCGUUUUGAAAUAAUUCUAAAUUAACAAAAACAUGUAUUCUGUACUUUGUAUACAUACAUAUCUCCAUAUAUACUGUAUAUGAAUUUAGUCUAUCCAAAUAACUAUCUUUAUGCAAAACAUUCUGAUGCUUCCAAAUUGGAGUAUUUGAUCAUACACAUGGACCGUCCUACAUAUUUCUGCAGUGUGCUUAUCGCUGACCCUUUUCAACCAAAUAUCAUGAGAGUGCCCACAAGAGACACCGGGGACUACACUAUCAGUCUGCCAAAGGCUUGUCCUGCACCACACUGCUAUGUCUGUCCUGACAUUAUCUACAAGCAAAGGGCUGGACAUUUGUAAAAAUCGUUCCAUGAAGUAUCCUGGCCAUCCCUUGAAUAUCCCGGCCUUUUCAUCUUAAAUGCAAUGUCCAAGGUGAAUCCUACCCACUCACUAUUAUUUUUGGAGAAACUUUGUAUCUUCACCUUGUGAUGGAGCGAAGCCAUUGCAUGAAGACAAACUGAAUGUGUUAUUCUGUGGUCAGCAGAGCCCCCAACUCCUUAUCUUGGGUACACAAUCAAAGGAACUGUAAUUUAGCAUCAUUGGAUGAACCCACUCAUCAGAGUUAUGAGUUCAGUUAAGCAGUGAACGUUUGCAUGGAGCAGUGCCAUAAUGUUUCUGUUUCUACUUUAUAAUACCAAAGACACAGAGAGAGAGAUCAUGAGUUUAUGGACUAUGGAAACAUUUCCUUAGCUUGUUUGAUUUUCAGAUCAAAUUCUGGGCCAAUCAUCAUAAGGUGUUAGGAUUGCUUGCAGGUGGGGGUGUUAUGGGUGUUUCAUGACUAUAAUUGCUUUUUAUCACAGUUAUAGAUUUAGCAGAGGGACGUCAUAGAGCUAGGGAGUCAUUUUGGUGCAGUGACGUCAUUGCUUGGCAGAGAAGAGACAUGUCUACCUGAGCUACACAAACAUUCCUUUAGCUAAUCGGGCUACAUUUCUAGUUUGUAUGACCCUCUCAUUUUGCACUACCCUCAUUGUCAUGGCCUUCUGACCAGGCAGGGGAUCUCCCGUUCACUUCACUUCAUUCCACUGUACUCUCCAUGUUAUGAUUUGUGGUAGGCAUCAGAAUAAAAGUAAUGUUUUCAUCUUAC